UUCAUAGGGAAGGUUGCUGUGCUUUUGUUCAUUCGUUAUGGCUUUGCCGGAAGAUGUAGUUAGUGGUAGUGAGGAACAUAAAGAUGUUCAGGGAAAAUGUUUGGCGACUACAGAAGUUCCCUUGUUCACCUUCUUUCGCAGGAUGUCUCGACUCGGGCCUCUAAAAUACCUGUUCAACAUGAUUCGGAGGUUGUCGACAUGGGCCAGUUCCACGGUGCCAGUGGAAGAAGUAAAAGCUGCUGACAGGAAUAUGCUCAUCGGAAGGCGCUGGGUUACAGGGAGGAAGCGCCUAAGCAGAUUAGCUCGAUUUGUGUUUUCUAUGACACCCUACAGACUGCAACAGAUGCUUGGCUUCCCUGUGCCCAGCAGUUUAGGUCAGGGUGAAAUAUUAGAUGAACUCGGAUCAUCACCUAAUAAACCAUAUGGCAAAGGAAGCAAAAGGAAACAAGAUGAUCUAGCUGAUGAAGAACUCUGCUGGGUUGAAUCUUUGGCCUGUGACCUACCGGAAGAUGAUUCAGUGGAGGAUCCCACUUAUGAGCCCAGCAAAUACUACACUGACUCUGAAGACAUCAGCGAGGAGCACAAGGAAUGUAAUGAUACAGAGACUGACCUGGAGGUAGAAGAGACUGGAGACCCUGGUUUAUUGAGACUGAAAGAGAUUCCUCAUCAUGAGCAGAAUGAAAAUGAUGUACCUUGCAUUGGUUCUAACGAGAAUAUCAAUUCUUAAGAUUGAGAACCUGAGCAUUACUGACUUUUUUCUCCAUAAAUAUUUGAACUUUUGUAAUUUGAAUCCAC